AUGGCGAAUCUGAAUAUGUCUUCUGGAAAUGCUGGCGCGAACAGCGUGCAGAGAUCGGGGAGGGUGCGGAGAAGCUCACUAAGGAAAGAGGAGAAAUCCGAAACCACGACCAUCACGGAGUCUAGGGAGACUAAGAAGAAGGAAUUCAAGAAGUUCACUCUGCAAGAUAAGAGGUGCUAUAACUGCGGGAAGCCAGGGCACAUUGCGAGGGUCUUCAAGCCUUCCCUUCAGGCUUGGCUAGAUUGCGGUGAAGGAACACCAGCACGUCCAGCGCUGGUGGAAAGAGGGAGUUCAGAUAUUAUUGUACCCGCGACCCUCGCGAAGGAAGCUGGUUGGAAGCUGCUUCCCUACCAGGUCUUCGCGAAGACCCUGACUGAGCAGGAGGUCAGAAACGAAGGGGUGGUUGAAUUGGAGAUUACCCUUGCGGAUAGUGAGGGUAAGGAACAGCGGUUCCGCGAGCUGGCGGUGGCAUCCCCAGAUGUCAGCUAUAUCACUCUGGGAAUGCCAUGGCUAGAGAGACAUGAUUCCGCGACGCUAUGGGGUCACGAGGGAGAAGAGCUUGCGGAGGACGGAUAUGCUGGUAGUAAUGGUCAACAUACACCAGGAAGAGACCAUUGCGAAGGAUACCAGGGUCAGUCCCUGCUUAAGUGGCUUCGUGACUAUGCGGAUGUCUUCUCAGAGAAGGCCGCGAAGGUACCCCCACGCCGCGAUGGUGUGGAUCAACUAGUAAAACAUAACCCUACAGCAAGUUACAAUCGCUAG